ACCAUGUACUGUGAUGCCCUUACGAAUUGGUGCUUCUGCUAUAACUGGCAGGACUUUGGACUUGAUCGUCACUGAUUAGGGAACGUUAUUUUUUACUGCAGUUAAAUACUGAAGACGAGAGAAAAGAACCCGAAGUUCUGCAACGAUGUUUUCCAUCUGCGUCAAAACGUUACGGGCUACUAGCAAAUUUACUUCAUUGGCACGUUACGAAUCUACUUUGGUCAUUGCGGAGCAUAACAGUAAAAACCUAUUGCCACUCACCUGUAACACAUUGACAGCUGCCAAGAAGAUAGGCGGCGAUAUUACUGUACUGGUAGCUGGCACGAAAUGCCAAGCAGUUGCACAGAAUGCAUGCAAAGCCAAAGGCGUGUCCAAGGUCUUCCUCGCAGACAGCGAUGCGUUUAAGGGAUUUACUGCAGAAUCGUUGACGCCGCUUAUACUUAAGCUGUGCAACGAACACAAAUUCACACAUAUACUAGCUGGUGCAAGUGCAUUUGGCAAGGCAUUGCUUCCCCGAGUUGCAGCCAAGUUAGAUGUAUCACCAAUAAGCGAUGUUAUCAACAUAAAAGCUUCGGAUACUUUUAUACGUACUAUAUACGCUGGUAAUGCCAUUCAGACUCUUAAGUCUAAGGAUAAUGUAAAGGUAAUAUCCAUAAGAGGUACUUCUUUCGAGUUGCUACCUUUAGAAGAUGGAGACGCUAAGUGUGAAACUGUCCCUACUGAUGAUUAUACUUCAAAUCAAGUGGAAUACGUCAAACAAGAGCUCAGCAAAUCCGACAGGCCAGAAUUAACAUCUGCCAAAGUUGUGAUUUCCGGCGGACGUGGAAUGAAGUCCGGAGAAAACUUUCAACUGCUGUAUACAUUGGCAGACAAGCUCAACGCGGCAGUUGGAGCAUCCCGUGCCGCGGUCGACGCUGGCUUUGUGCCAAACGAUAUGCAAAUAGGGCAAACUGGGAAAAUUGUUGCACCUAAUCUAUACAUAGCAGUUGGAAUUUCGGGAGCAAUUCAGCAUCUUGCUGGAAUGAAGGACUCCAAGACGAUUGUAGCUAUUAACAAGGACCCGGAAGCUCCCAUUUUUCAAGUAGCAGAUUAUGGAUUAGUCGCAGACUUAUUUAAGGCUGUUCCCGAAUUAACAGAGAAGUUAUAAAUUAUAAACA